AUGAUCAAAAUACUUGUAGUGGGAGAUUCUGGAUGAGGAAAAAGUACCCUUGUCAAUUUGUAUAACGGAAAUCAAACCAGUGUGGGAGACGAAGACCAGAUGACUGAUUUUGUGCAGAGAACUAUUGAUAUCAAUGGGACUUUGCUCUAUCUCCAGAUCUGGGAUGUUGCAAACCAAGAUAAAGGAAGCAGUAGUUUGACUAUGCAAUUCAGUAGAAAUGCUUCUGGGAUCAUAUGAGUGACCGACAUCAAUGAUCAGAUGUCUCUUGAGAACUCCAUAUUUUGGAAGAACAAUACUUCUGAUAAAACUCUUCCUUGAAUGAUUGCAGCUAACAAAUAUGAUCUGGUCGAAGAAUUAGAAAAAGAGGGCCAACAACUGGAAGACUUUCAGCAAGAAAAGUUCCUCAACCUUUUCGCUAAGAAGCAUGGAUUCAUCGGUGCCAGGAGGAUUUCGAGCAGGUACAAUGACGGUCCUGAAGAGCUGCUCAAAACUCUGAUAGAUGAGAUUAUAGAAAGGAACUCAACUCUGAAUUUAGAGACUGGCGAGAAAGAAUUCAACCCCACCGCACUUGAGACAGCCUCAUUUAGACUCGGUCCUAUUGACAAGUCAAGUAUCUUCUUCCAAGAGAAGAAAUCUAAAAUCCAAUACAGGGAGCCACCGAAGAAAUCUGGGUGCUGUAAGUAAUCUGAAGAACGAUAAUUUCUACUAAAAAACCAACAAAUCUGCA